CGCACUUUACGGCCGCCCCUCAAUCCCACGGUGGGAAUACAGUGCGGCCGGCCGUUGCGGUCUGUAGGCACCGCCCUAACCGGUUCCGAUUGGGUGAGUGUCCGUUCAGUCACUCGCUGAUUGGCCAGAGUUUCUGCCAGUCUUUUUCGGCUGGGGCGCGCUGUGGGCCGCCGGUGGGAGCGCAAGUGACUGUGCAGCGGCGGAAGUUAUCUCUGCAGGGAACAUGCUUCCCUUGUCGCUGCUGAAGACAGCACAGAAUCACCCCAUGCUGGUGGAGCUGAAGAACGGGGAGACUUACAAUGGGCACCUGGUGAGCUGCGACAACUGGAUGAACAUCAACCUCCGUGAGGUGAUCUGCACGUCGAGGGACGGUGACAAGUUCUGGAGGAUGCCCGAGUGCUACAUCCGUGGCAGCACCAUUAAGUACCUGCGUAUCCCCGAUGAGAUCAUCGACAUGGUGCGGGAGGAGGCUGCCAAGGGCCGCGGCCGAGGAGGACCGCAGCAGCAGAAGCAGCAGAAAGGCCGAGGGAUGGGCGGCGCUGGCCGAGGUGUGUUUGGUGGCCGGGGCCGGGGUGGCAUCCCAGGCGCAGGCCGAGGCCAGCCGGAGAAGAAGCCAGGGCGGCAGGCAGGCAAGCAGUGAGCAGUCCCAGCCUGAGCAGAGCCCAGGUCGGUGGGUGAGACCUCUGGGCACCUUUGCGUGAAACUACAUUUGGCAUCUGGUCCAGUGAGGUCCCUGGCUGGCCAUUGACUGAGUUUCUGGAAGGCUCCGAGUCUGAGUUGCCUGUGAAGCCUUGGCUGUUCUUUGAAGGGCGGGCUUCUUCCAGGCUUGUUUGAGUUUCAUGUCGGAGCUGCAGGCUUAGCACAUAGCGGCUUGCCUGUCCUUUACCAGACGCACCCCUUAUGUCUUCUGUUGGAAAAAAUAAAGGAAAACACCAUAGA